AUGGGCUCCUCGACGAUGGACUCGUCGGAGAAGAACGAGGUGCACGUCGAGCGCGUCCCAAACACCGUCACCGACAAUGCUGUCUUAGGGAAGAUCUUGCCCGCAGCUGGAUUGCCAGCUGAAUUCGCCCACCUAGACGAAAAGAAGAUUCUGCGCAAGAUGGACAUGCGAUUGAUUCCCGUCCUGGCUCUCCUCUACCUGCUCUCCUUUCUCGAUCGCGGCAACAUUGGCAACGCCAACAUCGAAGGCCUCUCCGACGACCUGCACCUCACCCCCGACCAGUACAACUGGUGCCUCACCGUCUUCUUCUUCACCUAUGCCGCCUUUGAGGUGCCCAGCAACCUGAUGCUCAAAAAGCUGCGUCCCAGCCGCUGGCUGCCCACCAUCAUGGUCGCCUGGGGCGUCGUCAUGACGCUCAUGGGUAUCGUCCGCAGCUACCGCGGCCUCUUGGCCACGCGUAUCUUUCUCGGUGUCGCCGAGGCUGGCCUCUUUCCCGGCGUCGCUUACUACCUGACCAUGUGGUACUGCCGCCACGAGAUUCAGCUACGCCAGGCCAUGUUCUUCUCGGCCGCCUCGGUGGCCGGCGCCUUUAGCGGCCUCCUCGCCUUUGCAAUUAGCAAGAUGGACGGCGUCGGCGGCCUUGAGGGCUGGCGCUGGAUCUUUAUCCUCGAAGGGCUCGUCACGGUCGUCGUCGCGAUCGUGUCCUACUUUUUGCUCUAUGACUUCCCCGAGACGGCGGGCUUCCUGACGGAAGAAGAGCGCGCGUUUGUCGUGUAUAGACUUCGGUAUCAGGGCCAGGUCGCGAGCACGACGACGACGUCGUCAGAAGGUCCCGCCAGCGCCAAGGUCGCGCAGUCGGAGGAGUUUCAGUGGAAGUACGUGUGGCAGGCAUUUACCGACUGGCAGAUUUACGUCAAUAUCUUCGUCUACUGGGGUGUUGUGUGCCCGUUGUACGGCAUUAGCCUGUUUCUCCCCACCAUCAUCAAGGACCUCAACUACACCAACAGCACCGCCCAGCUCAUGACCGUUCCGAUCUACAUUACCGCUUCGGUUCUUGCCGUGUUUGGCGCGUUUCUCUCCGACAGAGCCGGCGUGCGAAGCCCCUUCAUCAUCUCGCUACUCUGCGUCAUGGCUGCUGGCUUUGGCAUGUGCAUUGGCUCCGACAAUCCAAAAGUCGUCUACGGCGGCGUCUUUAUCGUCGCCUGCUGCAUCUACCCAGCAUUUCCCGGCGUCAUUGCUUGGCUGUCCAACAACCUCGCUGGCAGCUACAAGCGUAGCGUCGGCAUGGCCCUCCAAAUUGGCAUCGGCAAUCUCGGUGGUGCCAUGGCGUCGAACUUUUACCGCAAAAAGGACAAGCCAAGAUUCAUUCUAGGCCACGCGCUCGAGCUGGGCUUCAUCGGCGUGGGCACCAUCGCGGCCGUCCUCCUCGUGCUGUCGUACCGCCGCAUCAACCACAAGCGCGACAGGCAGAUGCGCGAGGGCGCAGAUCGCCUGCACACCGAGGAGGAGCUGGCCGCCAUGGGCGACAGGGCGGUCACGUUUCGGUACAUGUAUUAA